ACUUUUUGCUCUCAUGGACGAUCCCACCGAAAAAAACAACAAUAACACAAACCUCACCGUACGACCUACCUUACAAACCGCCAAUUCCUGGCCUCGUCUACCAGAGAUCGCAUUGAUCAACAGUCAAAACUCACGAACCGUUCUCUCGUCCGAAGGCAGUAUCCGAAGCACCACUCCUAUCUCCCACGAAAGCGAUCAUCCUACCAUCAAUAUCGAAAGUCAGCCACCGACUCGUGAGUCUUACUUUAGCAGCCAUACCGAGCACGAUGACCGGGAAAAAGAGAAAGAAAACGAAAAGCCAAAGCAUCAUGACAGUGAUUUAUACACUGACGUCAAAGAGAAAGACAUGAGCGAUUCACAAAAACUGGCAUCCAACACACUGGAUGACGGUUCUAUGAAUACGUUGGUAGAAGUAGUGAUGGACCAGGCCGGCGCCAGAGAUCGCCAUGUUCGGUUUCACGAUCAUGUUGCAGAGUCCGCUGCGCUGGUACAACAGAUGGUGAACGCGCAGUUAGGGACCCCCGCUUUUGCCCGUCGUACUUCCAGCAUCGACAGUAUUCCUUUAGCCGAAAGUAUAAUUGAUGAGGAAGAUAUACGUUCUGGACGCCCUGCUGCCAGUGGCAGCGUCCUCGCCAGCUUGAUGAAGCUCGAAGCCAAACGUCGCCAAAGUAUUGUGAGGGCUUCACACAAGAAGAAUGCAAAGUCAAAAAGAUCGUCUUCGUCGCAUGUGCAUAAUUUGUCUCCACGAUCCAGCGAUGUGCAGUUUUCGGACGUUCAGGGAAAGCCGCGCAAACGACCACCGAUGGUCAAUCGACCCAAGAGUUGGCUUUCCUCGGCCACCUCCAGCCAGCAUCUGGUGCCAACACUCGAAAAACGGAAGAAGCAGACAGCUCCCAGUUGUUCUCGGAGAAAUUCGGCCGACAGUACGUUCACGACCGCUUCGCAGUUUGAGCCGAUCACUCUUGAAGACCGUAUUCGCAUCACGUUUGAAAUCGCCAAUAUCUUGCAAAAGCAGGACUUUUUGAAAAAGUUGGCCAAAUCAUUGAUGCUGUACGGAUGUCCAGCCCAUCGUCUAGAAUAUGCUAUGCGUCAGGUAUCGCGAACCUUGGGCGUGGAUGCCGAAUACGUAUACAUGCCGAACGUCAUGUUUCUCACCUUUUUUGAUGCAACCACCCACACUACCGAAACCCACUUUAUUCGUCAAACUCAGACAUUUGAGAUGCAUCGUUUGGGCGAAAUCUAUCGUCUUGAAAAACUGGUCUCGCACGGCGAAGUGUCGGUCGACGAAGCAUUGGAAUUCAUCGACAAGGUGUAUCAACUGCCACCCAUUUAUCCUGUAUGGCUCAAUCCGUUCGCAUACGCCCUCGCUGCCUUUUCUGGUUGUAUUUUAUUCUUUGGUGGGCGAUGGCAAGAAGCCGGUGUGGCGGCUGCAUUGGGAAUGGUAUUCGCGGUGUACGAGGUGUUCUCCGGGCGCAUCCUUAGCUUCCAACCCAUUUGGGAGAUUACAGUAUGUAUUAUCAUUGGUUUCGUCGCUCGUGCUCUCACAAGAUACGGUGUGUGCUUUACUCCCAUUGCGUUUUCUGCCUUCAUUGUGAUGCUGCCUGGAUACACGAUGGCGGUUGCUAUCAUUGAGCUGGUAUCGCGACAACUGAUUAGCGGUGUGGUGCGAAUGGUAUAUGCUAUUAUUUAUUCGUUCUUGCUCGGUUACGGUGUAUCGAUGGGAUCCGAACUAUACCUUACUGUUGAUACUCGUGACCUGCAAGAGCAGCCAGAAGUAUGCAAGCGUGCUUCCAUCGCUUCGACCUGUCUUGGCAACGAGUCACCGUGGUUCAACUUUUUGAUGGUGCCAUUAUUCGCUGUGGCCUUUUGUGUGUUUAUCAGAGCCAAGAUCCCGCGAUGGUUGGUGAUGAUUCCGGUGGCGGUGGUGGGAUAUGUGAUCAACUAUGCACUCGCUUGUUGGGCCCACACUCCGUCCCAGGUGAUGCAGGUGGUACCUUCCUUUUGGUUAGGUCUGGUCGGAAACUUAUUAACCAAAUUUACGGGUCAUAUGUCGUUUGAUGCCAUGUUACUUGGGAUCUUUUAUCUGGUGCCUAGCAGUUUAGGUCUGAAAGCUGCGCUUGGCUUAUUUGGAAACACCAGUGAAUUUGGAACGCAAGGUGCUGGCUUUGCAUUAGCCAUGAUUGAAGGCUCCAUCGGUAUUACCAUUGGUCUUUUCCUUGCUACUCUUAUCGUUUUUCCUAAAGGUACCACUCAUACGCCUCUCAUGAAUUUCUAAGAUCUACCGCUCUUUUUUCCCUUCACGAGCACAACGCAUAUCCUAUCAUCUACCGUGUAUACCCAAAGAAUUGUAUUCUUUUGCCACACCGCGUAUCAUAUCAAAUUAAAAAUGUCUCGUCAAAAGGUCAAGUAAUAUCUUCCAACAUAUUACUUGAAUUAAGAAACGUGUCUUUCAGUCAUGGACCGUGAUGUAUUCUAAUACCACAAGCUGAAACAAGCAUUAUCCUAUGAGGUCGGUUUUUCAAACGUAUGGCAUACUGAUAUGAGUUUUAUCUACAAAGAGGUCACAUCAUGUAGUAAGCAAAUAACAGGUCACAGUUAGUCACAAAAUUGCACACAUGGACA